AUGUUUUCUGUCUCUGUUUCCCUUGUUUUAGUAAUUAUUUGGACCCCAAAACCUGCCGUUAAGCUGCAAACUCGAGUUAACAACAAGAAGAAUUUCUUGAAAAGAAAAGCUCUUUUUGAGAUAUACAAGUAAUAAAAUUACCCUGCUGUCUUGCAAUUGGUAAUAAACUACACUACCUUACUUUUCGCUUCACAAAGAAAAUUUCAGCUCUCCAAAGGUUUUAUAACAGCAGACAUGCCUGAAAAAGCAGAUAGCCAAUCGUGGAUUUUUCACCGUUCAAACUUUGUGCUCCAAUGGCGUCUUCAUGUACUAGCAGCCUUUGUCUUCCUCGGCUUGGUGGUUAUUGGGAGCAUAGAUGGGGGUACCAUUAGAAGCAUCGUCGAAUCAAGAAGGUCCACGAAGCAAUAUUCGACCAUGAAACCUCACACACAACACCCUCUCACAAAUAUAACCCAGCGACAAGAAACCCUUCGAAAUUUCUCUGCAAUCACAAAAAAUGGCACCACCAAUACCCCAUUAGCCCAAGAGAGCAACGACAAGAAACCUCACACACAACACCCGCUCACAAAUCUAACCCAGCGACAAGAAACCCUUCAAAAUUUCUCUACAAUCAUAAAAAAUGGCACCACCAAUAACCCAUUAGCCCAAGAGAGCAACGACAAUGAUACCAGGGUCCCACCUAGUUCUAACAUAGUACUGAAAAACGACGAGAAUGUUUCUUUUGCUCAGAAAUAUUCAGAUGGAGUUUUGGAGAAUUUAGCCUCGCGAAGGAAUGGAUCAGAUGGUAGUGUGAAGUGGGUGUCGCCUGAACUGGAGCCAAACUUGACGGAAAACCUUCUUUCAAGGUGGCUAGCUCCUGAAGGGGAGCCUUGUAGAGGGUCACGUACGGUGGAGAUUGUGAUUCCUGGACUGGAUGGUAAAGAUUUGAUUGAGUUGACGGCUGGUGAUAGUCAUGAAUUUGGUUUUCAAGCUCUGGAUGAGUCCAAGAAUCUUGUGUGUUCAGGUGGCGAUUAUUUCGAGACUGAUCUUUCAGGGGAGGCAUGGAAAUCAAGGCCUUUAGUCAGGGAUUUUGGAAAUGGGUCUUACUCUAUUUUGCUUCAAGUUCAUCCUGAUUUUUCUGGUGAUUAUAAUCUUACUCUUAUUUUGCUUUAUAGGCAUUUUCAAGGUCUUAAAUUCUCACCAUGGAGAUUUGUUUUUGAUAAACAAUUGCGUAAGUUUCGAAUCAAGUUUGUUAAGGGUGGUGCUCAGUUGCCAAAGAUUGAAACUUGUGAAAAAUCUGAUUUCAAUAGAGAUCUUUGGCUAGGAAGGUGGACUAGGCAGGCUAAAAAUGAUGGUUGCCAAAUCAGUAAUGAUGGCCGGUACCGCUGUCUGGCGCCAGAUUUUCCAUGCCAAAGUCCUUGGUGCAGUGGUUCUUUAGGGUUGUUAGAGAGUAAUGGCUGGGUGUAUUCAAGCCACUGUUCAUUUAGGCUUUUCUCAGCUGAUUCUGCUUGGAAUUGCUUGAAGAAUCGCUGGAUUUUCUUUUGGGGUGAUUCAAAUCAUGUUGAUACUAUAAGAAACAUGCUCAAUUUUGUGUUGGAUUUGCCUCAAAUACCAUCAGUUCCUAGACGGUUUGAUAUGAACUUUUCAAACCCGAAAGAUGCAUCUCAAAGUGUUAGAAUUACUAGCAUUUUCAAUGGUCAUUGGAAUGAGACAAUGAAUUAUGAAGGAUUUAAUUCCUUGAUGGAUGAAGGAUUUAGGCAUCUGUUGAAGAAGUACUUCUCAGAGGAGACAGUGCCAGACACUAUAAUCAUGAAUUCAGGUUUACAUGAUGGCGUGCAUUGGCAUAGUUUUAGGGCAUAUUCAGAGGGAGCAGGGUAUGCAGCAUCAUUCUGGAAAGAAGUCAUGGAUUCUGUGAAGCAGAGAGGGUUGGCAGUUCCGCAGAUCUUUUACCGGACAACAAUAGCCACUGGUGGGUAUGCAAGAUCACUAGCAUUUAAUCCGAACAAGAUGGAGGUAUUUAAUUGGGUUGCAUUAGAUAAAUUCAGGCGAGCUGGGUUGGUUUCUGGUGUGAUAGAUAAUUUUGAUAUGACUUUUCCAUGGCAUUUUGACAAUCGGUGCAGUGAUGGGGUACAUUAUGGCAGAGCUCCAGCUAAGAUGAAGUGGAGGGACGGUGAAAUCGGCCACCAGUAUUUUGUGGACCUCAUGCUGGCUCAUGUGCUGCUCAAUGCUCUGUGUUCAAGGUAGCAAGUGAAGGACGCGGUUGAUUUAUUCUUUUGGCUGUCUAUCAACAGCGGGGAGCACCUGUUGCCAGCUUUGCGGAACUAGCACAUGGACAUCAUGUUGGCUCACACUGCUCUUUCUUGGUUAGGAUUAGCAUUCUUUAUUUAUUUGUAGAUGCAAUGUUUACAAGAGUAUAUUAUGAGAGGCCAUAAAAUUUUCGAAAGACAAUAACUACAGCAUCUGUUAUCAUGUUCUAUUGUAAUUAUUACAUAGAUAUGGUGGGAGUUCAGUGUUCGUUUAUGAAGUUCAAUCAAAUUGCGCUGUUGAAAUCUGAAGUACAGGUAUCUGAAUUGCCUGGAAUGAUAUUAGCUCGUUAUAUGCAUGUAACGAAAUGUAUUUUUAAGUGAAUUUCAAUUGAUUUAGCAUUUUUCUGCAA